AUGGUUGGAGACGUGGUGAAAAUCGGGGAUUUCGGAGUCGCCAAGGAGCUGGGAACGAGUUUCGGGAAAGAAGCCGGUUGUUCUUUGGUCUCUCUCAAGAAGAUCAAGUUGUUGGACCUGAGCAGUGAUGAAGAAGAAGAAGACGGAGAAGAAAACAAGGACGGUUUCGUCAGAGGUUCUGAAGCAGCAGUGAAUUCCGGAGACGCCGGAACCCCUGUUUAUGCGGACCCUGAGCAGCUCAAGGGAAAAUCCUGUUCAGCAAAGUCUGACAUCUACAGCUUGGGACUCGUCACACUCGAAAUGUAUCUUCCGUGUGCCACACAAAUGGAAAAGGCCAAAGUGUUCGAGCAAUUGAGACUUUCGAGAUCCUUUCCGCAACGUGCCAAGUUUCCCGUGAGUUGAACGAGGGUUUUUCCGACUUCUGCGUGGCCUUGAGUAUUUAUAUAGUAGGUACC